AUGGCAUCGACUUCAAUCACCAGCAAUGCGUUACGCGCGACCCAAGCCUCCGUUCCCGCCGCCCUCCGCCGCUUGCCCGCGCACGAGCGCGCUGUUCCGCAUGCGCGCAUCCGCCUCUCUCCGCAACGCUGGGCCUUCCAAAGCAGAAAUCGAGGAUUUUCCGCUGGCCUUCGGCAGGUCGUGAGCGCGUCUGCGUGCAUCGCGGUCGAAUGGGGUAAUGGCGCGCUGGCGGAGUCGACGGCACUGAGGGAGCGUGAGCGGGAGGAGCGGCGCGCAGUGGACCGGUCAGAGCGGCUGAUGGAGAGCCCGUACGCGCCCGUCGAGUCCGCCAUGACGCCAUGCCCAGUUACCACAGGGGCCACUGCUCCGCUGACGGAGAUCCUCGGGCACUUUGAACAUUUCACGGGGCUGCCCGUGGUGGACGGCGAGGGGCACUGCGUGGGCAUCGUGUCGGACAUGGACGUGGCGAGAUGUCAGAAGGGGGCUCUCGCGAGGAGCGCGGCGGAAGUGACUGUGGGUGACGUCAUGAGUGCGCCAGCCAUUGUGAUAGUGCAACAUGCACCUGUGGCGUACGCAGCGGGGCUCAUGCUCAAGCACAAGGUGCACCGGCUGCCAGUGGUGGACGACCAUGGGGUGGUGGUGGGCAUUUCUCCGCACAUCGCGCUGAUUGAUCCGCAUCACAGCAUGGACGAGGCGAAUGGGAGCGGCGAUGGCGCCGCGCCGAUCGAGUCGCUGGCCUCUCGACCCUUCCAUUUCGCCCUUUUUUCCCAUGCGCCGCUUCCAUACCCGCCGUUUCCCGUGCGCGUUUUCCCGGUGCGCGUUUUCCCGGUGCGCGUUUUCCCGGUGCGCGUUUUCCCGGUGCGCGUUUUCCCGGUGCGCGUUUUCCCGGUGCGCGUUUUGCCCGUGCGCCGUUCCGCCAGGUGCCCCAAGUGCCUGGAGCUGAAGCUUCCGCGCACCAACGCCUCUUUCUGCUCGCAGGAGUGCUUCAAGGCGUCGUGGGCGGACCACAAGGCGCUGCACAAGGCGCCGCCCGCGGGGGAAGGCGCGGGCGCGGGCGCGGUGGUAGCAGGGGGCGCGGGGGAGGGGGAUGAGGUGGCGCCGUUCCUGCAGCAGGGGUGGCUGUACGUGCUGCGCAAGGGGCAGACGCGCGCCGCCAAGAUGCCGCCCUUCGACUGGACCGGUCCCCUGCGCCCCUUCCCCGUGGCCCCGCGGCGCCCCGUGCCCGCCCACAUUCCGCGCCCUGACUGGGCUGACACUGGGCGACCAGAGGAGGAGCCCAACAGCCAAUGGCAAAACAGCGUCGAGAUCAAGUCGCCAGAGCAAAUAGCAAGAAUGCGGCAUACAUGCAAGGUGGCUCGAGAGGUGUUGGACGUGGCAGCAGCAAUGAUCCGCCCGGGGGUGACCACGGACGAGAUCGACCGCGCCGUGCAUGACGCCACCAUUAAGGCCGGCGGGUACCCGUCGCCCCUGAAUUACUACUUCUUUCCCAAGUCCUGCUGCACGUACGUGCUCGCUCUUUCCGAUGCCUCAUGA